CAGGGCGUGCUACAUAACAUUUGAACUGUAAAUUCACGAUAUUUAUCAAUACUAGUAUGGAUAGACCUACAUCACUGCGUAUGUUGAGGUAUUUAAUACCAACCCUUUCUAGUGAGAUAGUAUGGUGGUGAUAUAUAGAAUAAGCAUGUAGCCACUGAACUGCUACGGUACAGACGGUUUCGUGUGCUGUAUGUCUGUAUGAAUUGUGUCAAAAUGGAUUAUAUUACAGGUUGAUUGAUUGCAUUGUAAUAUUCCAUUUAGUUGAUCCUACUUCCGUCAAUAUCACGAUGUCAGAUUAUGUUACCAGUUGAAUGAGCUGAGUGCAACAUUUUAUUUAGUUAAUUCUAUUAACGUCAAAAUGUCUGCGUCAGCGUUAGAACUAAAUGCCCGUGGUUUUAUCAAGCACCGCCAACCAAACGCUGUUUGUUUUUCUACCAAUUCAGAGCCGAAAACAACGAGACAUUUCGUAACUCAUACAGCACAAUGUUCGAAAUUUACAAAUGCAACAUGGAUGGAAUUUACACAAUCGACUUCGUUACAUGGAUUGCGGUACAUCUGGGAUUAUGAGACAUUCACGCUAAGAAGGAUUAUAUGGUUGUUACUGGUGUUGGGUGGUAUUGGUUUGAUGUCCUUCCAGAUAGUAGACAGACUCUUAUAUUUUAUGAGUUUUCCUGUUACAGUCAAUCUCCAUGUUAACUAUAACAAAUCUCUUCUCUUCCCGGCUGUCACAUUCUGUAAUCAAAACGCCUUUAGAUCAAGUGCCUCAGCAGAACACGGUAGAUACCAACUGAUUAAUAACAUGUACACCAACAUACACAAUUUCUCACUGGAUGACCUAGAUAGAUUCAACAGUAGCAAUAUUCUUCUGGAUGAUCUGUUCUUAGCAUCUGCUCACAAGAUCGAAGAUAUGAUAGUUAGGUGUAAAUGGAGAGGGAGUGAUUGCGAUGAGACAGAUUUUACAAGGAGUAUAUCCGAACGAGGGGUCUGUUUUACUUUUAAUAGUGAAAAUAAUCAACAUUUUAAUCAACUUAGUGUGGACUCGGUUGGUUCUGACAAUGGCUUAUCAUUAACGCUAAAUAUAGAAGACUAUGAGUAUAUGCCUGGUCCUAAUGAUGGUGCUGGAAUCAAACUAUUGGUACAUGACCAGAAACAGUUUCCUAAAGUACAUGAGCUUGGAAUAGCAUUAUCUGUUGGGUUACACUCAUUUGUUGGUUUACAAUUUGUUUCGGUAAGCAAUUUGCCCAAGCCUCAUGGUCGUUGUAAAACACCUAAAUUAAAAUAUUUUGACUAUUAUUCUCCAGAUAAUUGUCAAGUAGACUGUUACACCUCCAUAGUUAUAAACCACUGUGGCUGUAAACUUCACUUCAUGCCCCAUACAAUUGGUUCCCCGAACGUGUGUUCGUUAAAGCAAUAUUACUCAUGUUAUCUUCCACAAAAAGAUCAUUUUAUUGAUGAAAUGCAUCAAACUUGCUCCUGUCCAGUUUCUUGUGAUUUUAAAAUUUACGACCCUGCACUAUCGUAUUCCUCUUUAUCAACCAUGGUUCAAUCGCGUCUUCUUGACGGGGUUAACAUGUCCGCCAUGACCCGGAAUUAUAACCAAGCAAGGGAAAUAACUCAUCGCCUGCAAAAAGAAUAUGCAAUUCCGUUCAAUAAGAAGUUAUGGAACGUAAAAAUAAAAUAUGAAAUAUUAGAAACAGUUGUAUUGCAAGAUUUGUUAAAGCAGCUGAAGGAUCAAAGAAACGCCGCAAUAAGUGUUUUUACAGAAAUCAGCAAAGUCGGAAAUAAAACGAAACAUUUAUAUCAUUUUCGUAAAUAUAUGGUGUCCAAAAAUUUUGUAAGAGCCGGUUCAGCAAUGGAAGAGAGGUCGUUUUUCUCGGUGACAAAUGAUAUGCAACAAUUUGUGUUUCAUGCGAAAAACUUGGUUAACAUUAUAGCGUUUGAAAAUGCAACAACAAAGGCAUCAAGACACUCAUUGUUUGUAUUCAUAUCAACGAUUUUGCGAGCAAAAAUGUUUAUGUGCGAUAACGCCAUAAGUAAUUACACGGAGCUCUCUGAGGCUUUUCGAAGGGGAAAGCCCAUAUUUAAUUACGUAUAUCAGGACAAAGGAUGGCGUGAACGGAAGGCCAUUAUACCAAAGGUGCUUCUCAAAAAUGCUUUCAAGUUUUCAAGACUAAUACGCAAUCGCACGGCACGGAUACCUGGUGAACUAAAACAGAUCAAAACGUAUUUGCAAAAAAUGCUAGAUAUGACAUCAGAGGCCUAUUAUAAUUCGACUUUUAAUGCUACCAAAUUCCAUAUUGCCACUGUUCAGUAUCUUUAUUGGUGUCGCCAUUUCCUUCAGAGUAAGAGUCACCUUUUAAAAGAAGGCUCUCAUUGGCCAAUUACUGAAAUGACUAAACAACAAAAUAAAUUAGAAUUAAUCAUGAAUCAAAUACGCUUUUUGAAAAAUAAUAUUUUGAACGCCUUAUCGAGUCUAGAAAAUAAUCUUGAAAAUGUUGAGAAUCUGUUUUUAAAGCGGAUUAAAGACGGGUUGGAUAUGUGUGACCAUUAUUUAAAAGAUGGUUCUGUUAGGAAAUUAGACAUUGCGAAAUUGUUCGCCUCGGACACCAUAAAAGAGGGUUCCAACUCUUUAACUGUUUUAUUUAAUGAAGUACGAACUCGGGGUCAGAUAAUAUUCGACUAUUGGGGUGAUUUGUUAAUGAGUUCGGAUGCUCUGUGGAAAUUAGUGUUAUCUGAUGUUGAUAUGGCAUCCUAUUAUAAACAUAUGAAGAUGACAAAGUAUUUACAGGAUUAUGACAAUGUAUCGGAAAGUCUAACCAAAGAAUACGAAUCUUAUCGAGAUUCCCUGGAUCUGAGAACAAUAGUCCAGCACGUUGAUGAUGAUUUCCUACGAGAAUUGAAAUCACUGAUCGCUGUGUUGGAAGAUUUCAAUGAAUCUGAAAAUGUGGAUCAUAAUUUCGUCAGGUCUAAUUUUCUACUGGUAAAUCUAUAUUUCAAGGAGUUAAACUACGAACAGAUCACACAACAAAAAGCUUAUGAUGUCUUCGCCUUAUUCUGUGAUAUUGGAGGAUCUAUGGGAUUAUUUAUUGGAGCAAGUGUCAUGACUAUAUUUGAAAUAAUAGAUCUUCUAGUUAAUAGUUGCGCUGUAAAAUUGUUCACAAGACCAACAGUAACGGAAACUGCUGUAUAACAACUCUACCGGGUUGAUAAAGCAUGUUCGGUGUUAAAAAAUGUGGGUUUAUGUGAUGUGUGAUUCUGAUUAGUAAUAGAACAUAUUCUACACGAUGUAACCAAAAUGCAUUUUUUUGAAACCAGAAAAGGGGAAUAUUCUAAAGGAAAUUAGAAUAGUAUAGUGUGUUUAUAGUGAUUUGAUGAGCAAAGCAUGUUGUAUAUUUUCCUUUGAGAUGUUCAGAGAAUAAUAAAAACUAAGUCUUU